AUGCCCUCAUAUGCUAAGUUCCUGAAAGAAAUUUUGUCAAACAAGAGGAGAUUAGAAGAUUAUGAAACUGUGGCAUUAACAGAGGAGUGUAGUGCUCUCUUACAGAAUAAACUUCCACCAAAAUUGAAGGAUCCAGGAAGUUUCUCUAUUCCUUGUCACAUUGGGGACACUAGUAUUGAAAAGACAUUGUGUGAUCUUGGAGCUAGUGUAAGUUUGAUGCCACUCUCCAUUUGUGAAAAGCUGAAGGUAGGAGAUUUGAAGCCCACCAUCAUUUCUUUACAACUAGCUGAUAGAUCCAUCAAAUAUCCUGAUAUUCACAUACCUAUUAUAUUGGGAAGGCCAUUUUUAGCCACAGCAGGGGCUAUAAUUGAUGUAAAGAAUGGUAGAUUGACAUUAAAAGUUGGAGAAGAGGAGGUGGAAUUUAAUUUGAAUCAGACUUUGAAGAAAUAUCAUGGAGUUGAUCUUCGUUUAAGGGUGGAUGUUAUUGAUGAGAUUGUGGAAGAAGAAUUUAAGAAAAGAUAUCCUGAGGACCCUUUGGAGAAUUGUUUGGUACAUAGUAAAACAACAAAGGAUGAAAAUCCUGAAGUUGCAGCUUUUGCUCAAAUUUUGGAAGCUACUCAAGCAGUUGUAGGAGAUCAAGUUUUGCAAGUUGAAGAAUUGAAAUAUGAAGUUGCACACCCAUCUUUGCUAAAUGAGAAGGAUGCACCACAGGAAGACCUCAAACCACUUCCAUCUACAUUAAGGUAUGCUUUUCUUGGACCUAAUUCAACUUAUCCUAUCAUUAUUAAUGCAAGUUUGAGUGAUGUACAAGUUGAAAAAUUGCUGAGAGAGUUAAGAGCACAUAGGAAAUUCAUUGGUUACACCAUUGAUGACAUAAAGGGUAUAAACCCUACCUUGUGCAUGCAUAGGAUUCUUUUAGAGGAUAAUUUUAAAGCCACCAUAGAACAUCAAAGAAGGUUAAAUCCUAAUAUGAAAGAGGUGGUGAAGAAAAAAGUCUUGAAACUACUUGAAGCUGGGAUCAUUUAUCCUAUUUCUGAUAGUGGUUGGGUUAGCCCAGUUCAUGUAAUUCUUAAGAAAGGAGGUGUGACCGUUGUAAAAAAUGAAAAUAAUGAGUUGAUACCUACUAGAAUUGUCAUAGGGUGGAGGAUGUGUAUAGAUUACAGGAAGCUUAAUACUGCCACUAGGAAAGACCAUUUUCCCUUGCCUUUUAUUGAUCAAAUGUUAGAAAGAGGAAUUCAAGUGGACAAGGCCAAAGUAAAAGUGAUUGGGAAGAUGCCUCCACCAACUUCAGUGAAAGGAAUUAGAAGUUUUCUUGGGCAUGUUGGGUUGAAGGAAGCUCUAACAACAGCCCCUAUUAUGCAACCUACGGAUUGGUCAUUGCCAUUUGAGAUUAUGUGUGAUGCUAGUGACUUUGCUGUGGGAGCUGUACUUGGUCAGAAAAAAGAGAAGAGAUCUUAUGCAAUCUAUUAUGCCAGCAAAACUCUAGAUGAUGCUCAAGUAAAUUAUGCCACCACUGAGAAAGAAUUUUUAGCUGUGGAGUUUGACUUACAAAUUAAAGAUAAAAAGGGAGCUGAAAAUGUUGUGGCGGACCAUCUAUCAAGGAUUAAGUAUGAGAGUAAGGAUGGAAAUGAAGAGGAAUUGCCAAUUGGUGAGUUUUUCUCGAAUGAGCAAUUGCUAGUUGUUAUUGCUGCAUUGCCAUGGUUAUUAGAUUUUGUCAAUUACCUGUCAUAUGGAGUUCUCCCACCAGAUUUGAGCUAUCAACAGAAAAAGAAAUUUUUGCAUGAUGUGAAAUUUUAUACAUGGGAGGAUCCAUUGUUAUUCAAGAGAUGUAAUGAUGGCCUAGUUAGAAGGUGCGUGCCUGAAGAGGAAAUAGGAAACAUUUUAGAGCACUGUCAUUCUUCUGACUAUGGAGGUGUGAAUUAUGUGUCUAAAUGGGUUGAGGCCAUUGCUUCCCCUACAAAUGAUUUUGAAAAUCUUUUAAAGAAAUAUGGAGUUACUCAUAAGGUAGCUACACCUUAUCAUCCUCAGACUAGUGGGCAAGUUGAAGUAUCUAAUAGGGAAUUAAAGAGAAUUCUGGAAAAAAUUGUUAAUCAUUCAAGGAAGGAUUGUUCAUUGAGGCUAGAUGAUGCAUUAUGGGCGUACAGGACAACUUACAAGACACCCAUUGGAACUACACCUUUUAAGCUAGUCUAUGGGAAAUCAUGUCAUUUGCCAGUUGAGUUGCAACACAAAGCAUAUUAG